UCCUCGUUCUCUUUUCUUGUUUCUCUCCGAACGUGAAGAUGUCGGAAGCUGCAGAUCAACCCAAGAAGAAGCGUACCUUUCGUAAAUUCACCUACCGUGGUGUAGAUUUGGAUCAGCUUCUUGAUCUUUCACAUGAACAGCUUAUGGAACUUGUGAAUUGUCGUCAGAGGCGUAGGUUUUCCAGAGGUCUGAAGAGAAAGCAGACUGCCCUCAUUAAACGGUUGAGGAAAGCAAAGAAGGAGGCUGCUCCAAUGGAAAAACCAGACGUUGUUAAGACACAUCUCCGAGAUAUGAUAGUCGUUCCUGAAAUGAUUGGCAGUGUUGUUGGUGUUUAUAACGGCAAGACUUUCAACCAGGUUGAAAUCAAGCCUGAGAUGAUUGGACACUAUCUUGGUGAAUUCUCCAUCACAUACAAGCCUGUCAAGCACGGAAGACCUGGUAUUGGAGCUACUCAUUCUUCUCGAUUCAUUCCACUGAAGUAAACCUUUAUGAAUCAGCAAUAAAAUCCCAUCCAACAAAA